GAUAGCGAUACUAGUAGAGGUGAGGACGUGAUGUCGUUAAGUGACGUGCCUCGAGACCAUCGCUUCAUCUCAUAUAGAAAAUUACAAUCGGAAGCCACGCUCAAUCUUCAGUCUCUUUUGGACCAAACCACAUUGCCACACAUCUCAGCCCAAAAUUUGCUCACAGUUCUUACGGUUCUUUGUAAUAUUGCAAGACGAAGGCCAGAAUAUAUGGCACGUAUACUUGACUCCCUCGAAGCUCUCCAUAUCAACUUACCUCCUACACUUGGAGCGAGUCAGGUAGGUCUAUGGCCUAAAAGGCUUUGGAAGUUUUAUGAGUCCUCUUUCCAGGUGAAGUCCAUGCGUAAGGAGCUAAAGGCUCAUCUUUUACGGAUACUGAAGCACUCGGCUUCCUUGCAUUUGCAUCCUAGAAUCACCACACUUCUCACUGACCUAGGAGCUUCUCAGAGUGUAAUUUGCCUCUUUGCAGACAUUGCAUCCCAUUUGCAUUCCUUUAAAGAAAUCAAUAGAAAUAUGCCUCCAAAUAUUGCUGAAUUACGCAAAAAGGCAUCGAAGCGACAGAGCUCAACCGAGGAACCAGCGGCAAAGAAGAAAGCGAGGAGUAGCGAAGAGGGCCCUGGAGUUGUUUUGGACGAUGACGAGUAUCAAGAUGAUGAGCCAUCUACGUCGGACGGAUCAGUUCCGAUUCCUGACUCUGCUCAUCAAUCCGCCAUUGAUAUAACAGCAGAAUGGAUCUAUGAACGACUGAAUCCUAAGCUUGUAGCCAAUCUUGUUCUGAUUUCUUUGGUCGGUUGGGAUUCUGCAUAUGAUAUCAAAGUUCAGGUAACCCUACCAGAUGAAAUGCCUGCUGCUUUUGCUUCAAGUUUUACACAGAUUGCGACUGCUGGAACAGAGCAACAUCGUCGCCAUCUGGCUCGAAGUAUGGCCACACAGGCUACUGCUCAAGAGCUAGGUCCCGGUGCAGAGCAGAUGCGGAAGGAGAAACUGGCAAAGUUUAUGGAAAGACAGUCUGCUCGCCGAGAUGGUGCAUUUGUUCCUCCCACUCCGGCUGUACACAUAGGUGGCCAUCAGAAACAGAAGCCACCGUUAGUGCCAAUGGGAGCAUUGCCUGGACCGACAACAGCGACACUUCCUCCUGUCCCUAAGAUAAAGCAGCAGUUCAAUUUGUUUACGAAUACCAAGGAGCUCACCAAAGAAGAGAUGGAAUCAUUAUUUGAGAGUUGUUUCAUUUCAAUAAUGAAAGCUGAAAGU